UUUAAUGGGAUGUUCGAUUUUGUGGCUAGUUAUACGCUUUGUCAUUUUAUGUUAUUCGGUUCUGAGGCGACUUUUUAAAUGUUUCUUUCAAUUCACAGGAGACUCCAAGCGUCACCAUUUAAUCGCCAAUCGACUGGUUCUCAGUCGAGCCGUGGCGCUGUUUUGGGGGCGGGGCCAACUAAGGGGUACAGCACUUUAUAUGAGCGCACGUGAAGUCGCCGUUAAAGAGAGAAAGAAGGUUUGGGAAACGCCCAAAAAAAGUCUUUACAUAUGUCCCUCGUAAAUCGCUCAGAUUAAUUGUUUUCGGGAAGUUGCGUUGUGAAAGUCUGAUUUGCGCAAGCAUGACCAUGGUUGAUAAGAUAAAUGAGGGCUGGCUGUUGUGAUCUCGUCUCUCUGUUGACUCCUAUGUUAUUUUUCGCGAUAUGGACGCCUUCACUGAUUCUCUUUUUCGGUCAAGGUGCGCUCCGUCUCUUUAGACUGCUACUUUUUGCAGAGCACCAACUUCGCACUGAAGCCAAAGGCAGAACACGAACGAGGAAGUGCCGCGUAUCGACUGAGACGAUGAACUGCCAAUCACUCUUGUACGUCAGACGUCUGCGGAGGGUGUGCUUGAGAUGCACCCCCUUUCCUUCCUUCCUUCCUUCCUCUGUUUUUAAGCACAUUAUCGUCGCAGACUUUGGAGGACGCCGCCAAAAAUGAUAAAGAGUAUUAUAUUCGCAUUGUUGAAAAUCAACAGGCAUUACCAGGUGGUUAACUAUGCAGCCAUUUUUACAACAAGAAAAAAGACGCUUUAUGUUUUAAUUCUCAUUCUGUGUCUUACCUCAGUGUUCGUAAUAAAUAAAAUUACAAAGAUUCCUUUCAUAAGGAUGCAUAAAGAGCAUUUCUCCCACAAGACCGCCAGUCAUGUGUUAAGAGCAAUCGAGCGACACCUGAACGUUACCCCCUACGGCAAGAUGACUCCGCUUUCUAGUGCAGAGGAAAGCCUGGUCACCCUUUUAAAUCCCAAGCCCAGUUACAAAGUGGGAGAGACGCUCAGUCUUCGCGUGGAUUUGUAUGAUCAAGAUGGCCAACAUAAAAGUUCUGGAGGGGAUUUCUUGUUGGCCAGAAUUUUUUCUUUGUAUCUUGAUGCCUCUGCGUCUGGUGUGCUCGAAGACUUUAGUAAUGGGACCUACAAGGUUACCUUCACAUUGUUUUGGCCUGGACGGGUAGAAGUUUCAGUACAGCUGGUACACCCCAGUGACGUGGUAUCUGUAUUAUGGAAGGCCAGGCAGCAGGACUAUGAUAAAAUUAUGUACAAGGGCAUCUUCAUGAACCAUACAGGAAUACAGGAGGAACACCAAUGUUUUCAGCACUUGGUUAAAUGGAAACAUCUCUGUAAAUAUAAAGAUUAUAGGGAUAAUGAAUAUUUUUUUUGUCUGAAACCUAAAUACCUUUCCUGUAACCAUCUUAGGUAUCUUUAUUCAAAGAACAGUGAGGAUCUCAACCUCAGUCGUCAAGAAUUUCACAUUUUAUUGAGGUCAGAUCUUGCAGUUGAAGUCCCCAGUGAAUUUUUGUACAUUGAUGUUACUGAGUGCAGUGACAGUUUUCAUGGACCAUCUCUAAAAUGCAAAAUGGGAAUGAAGUUUGAAUCUCCUGGAGGCUUUUUCCAUUUAAACAAAUGGUAUCCCAAAAAUUGCAUCGUGUGUCAGUUCACAAGGGUAGAUGAAGUUAAUGGCUGCCUGAAAGGAAAGCAGAUCUACCUGUUGGGAGACUCGACUCUGCGCCAGUGGAUUGAGUACUUCAUCAAGAUCCUGAAAAAUUUGAAAAUGACCAAAAUGCCUCUUGGGAUUUCCCCUGUGAUGGCAACUGAUGUUCAAAGAAAUAUCCACAUCGCCUGGAUGAAGCACUGGCAGCCUUGGGUUAGCGGCACACCAAACGCCGUGAGCAGUGGGCAGUACGUUGCUCGACGGCUCGACACGAUUGCUGGAGGUACCAAUACGACUGUUGUCCUUGCCCUUGGCCUGCACUUUAGGCCCUUCCCUAUAAUGCUAUUCUUGAAGAGGCUGUUGAACAUUCGCAAAGCAAUCGAAAGACUUCUUCGGAGGAACCCAUUAACAAGAGUCUUUGUCAAACUGGAAAACACCCGCGAUCUCUCGGUUGACAUGGUCCGCUUUAGUAACUGGCAUGGCUAUGUGCAAAAUCUGGCUCAGAGGGAGGUGUUUCAGGGCCUGAACAUUCAGUUCAUAGACGCCUGGGACAUGACCGUCUCCCACAACUCAUUUGCCAUCCACCCCUCAGCUAAUAUUGUUUGGAAUCAGCUGACUUUGUUUUUAACGUACAUAUGUGAUGAAUGUACCGAUACCCAUAGCUUUCAGUGUGACAGUAACAGAAAGGUGGAAGCAGAUGACACAGAUGAUGGCUGAUGCUUAGGUAAAAAAAAAAAAAAAA